GCCAGAACCCACUUAUAUUUUCUCUCCGCACCUGAGCUCUCCUCAUCCCAGAACAUAAUAACGCCACAGAAAGGACUUAAACUCCCAGCUCCUUCUCACUCCAAAGCUUAACCCAUGCCAGAGCCAGCAAUAAUCCUCUCAAAACCCACCUCCACUUCUUCAUCAUCCUCCCUCUAGAAACCAAGAAGAAGAAGAAGAAAACUAUGGAUGAACUCUGGAAAGAUAUCACACUCACAAAUUCCCUUCACAAUGAGAUCCCACCAACUCCACCUCUCUCACUUCAGCACCUAACAAGAGCCAGCCAGCAUUCUUCAGCAGCAACCAGCAGCUCUUUCAAUGGCAUUAUCCUCCAAGAUUUCCUUAAUGGGCCCUUGAUCAAGGACGGGCCACCACCACCACCACCUCCUCCUCCUCCUCCCCCCAUUGACCUCAACCUGGACUCCGCCUGCAGUUUGGGCCCUACCCCUCAUUUGGGCUUCAGCCCAAAUAUGAAAAGAUCAGCUCUUGACCAGCAUCAGAUGAUGAUGAAUGGCGGUGAUGGGUUUUGCAUUGGCUACGAUGGGAGCGGCGACGAUCGGCGACAGAAGAGGAUGAUCAAGAACAGAGAGUCUGCUGCAAGAUCCAGAGCCAGGAAACAGGCUUAUACAAAUGAAUUGGAGCUGGAAGUUGCCCAUCUUGUGCAGGAGAAUGCCAAGCUCAGGAGACAGUGCGAGGAGCUAAGUUCGGCAAUGGCUGCUCAGAUUCCUGCCAAAAAAACACUGCAGAGAACCUCAUCAUCACCAUUUUGAGCAACAACUUUUAUUAUUUUUUUUUAUGCAGAAGAAAAUUCCAUCACCUUCUUUUUCCCUCUCUCUCUCUUUUUCUACUCUAAAAAGAGGGUGAGAAUUUGUUCUUGGCCAUAUGUUUGUGCAAAUAUAGAAAGCAUGCCAUGAAAAGGGAAAUGCCAACUCGAGCUACUACAUAUAACAAACAUGCCCACAUGUAAUGCUUUUAUGAAGGCUAGUUUCCUUUUUUUUUAA